AUGUACGCUAAGCAACUUAUAAUCGCCGCCCUGACGGCAACAGCCGCGGCCUUCCCCACGAUGGCCAACACGGGCUCGGACAACUCGAUGGAACCCGCCAUCAUGGCCCGCCAGGACCCUGCGAACCACGAGUUCCGAGCACCCGGGCCCAACGACGUGCGCUCGCCCUGCCCGAUGCUCAACACGAUGGCCAACCACGGCUACCUGCCGCGCGACGGCAGGGGCAUCGACAUGCCCACGCUCAAGCAGGCCCUCGCCGCCGGCGUGAACAUGGCGCCCGACGCGACCGAGAUUGCGGGCAAGAAGGCGCUCUUGACCGGCGACGGCACGCGCUUCGACCUCGACCAGCUCAAGAAGCACGGCGUCAUCGAGCACGACGGAUCCCUGUCGCGCCAGGACGCCGCCCUCGGCGACAACCUGGCCUUCAGCCCGGCCAUCUGGGCCAAGACCAUGCAGAGCUUCCUCAACGACCAGAUCAGCCUCACGGACUCGGCCCGCGCCAGGAAGAUCAGGCAGGACGACGCAAAGGCCGCAAACCCCCGGUACGGCCUGACCCUCGAACAACGCCUGUUCAGCUUCAUCGAGUCGGGCCUGUACCAGAGCGUGUUUGGCAAGGGCUCCAAUGGCGGGGCGCGCAAGGAUUGGGUCCGCAUGUUUUUUGAGAAGGAGCGUCUUCCCUUUGAGCUGGGCUGGAAAAGGUCCGAGUCUCAGAUCAGCUCCGCGACUAUUCUUCUUGCUACCGUAAAGAUCGCUGCUCUGAGUGUGGUCGCAUAA